CAUGAACAACUUAAUUGAUAAAGAAAUCAAAGGGUAUAAGUUUAUUAAACUUAUUGGAUAAGGAGCUUUUGGAAAUGUAAAAUAUCUAAAUAAAGGAGGUGUACUAAGGUAAAAGUAUGAAGAAUAAAGAAAUUGUGGCCAUUAAGGUAAUAGAAAUUGAAAGGUUUGCAGAGAAUGAUGGAAUUUUAGGUGAACUUGUAGAAUCAGAAUAAAAGGCUUUACAAAAGGUUAAAAGCAAAUAUGUAGUUGGAUUUGUAGAUUGCUUUCAAGAUAAUCAAUAUAAUUACUUAGUAAUGGAGUAUUGUGAUUGUAAUAUAUUGCACAAAUAUUAAUAGCUGGAGACUUAGAAUAAUAGAUAAAAAAUCCAAAGACUCAAUUUACAGAACAAGAUGCUUUAGGGAUACUUCGAUAAAUACUUUAAGGAUUAAGAGACAUACAUGCUGCUUGCAUUAUUCAUAGAGAUUUAAAAGUUGCCAAUAUUUUAAUCCAUAAUCAUUCUAUCUAUAAAAUUGCAGAUUUAGGUUUUUGUAAAAUAUUGGAAAAUGAAGUAAUUUCUAAAUAAAUAUUUAGAAUGAAUAAUCUCGUUUGUAGCUUGGAUCACUUUACACAAUGGCUCCAGAAAUACUUAAUUCAAAUUCUUAUGGUUUAUCAUCAGAUAUGUUUUCUGUUGGAGUCAUCUUUUAUUAAAUCUUAUAUGGAAGGUUUCCAUUUAGUUAAAAAGACUAUAAAUUAAAAACUUAGCGUAUUUAAAUAGUAUAGAUUUAGCUUUGAUAAAUUUUACAAAGAAUAAAAUUGAUGUAUCAGAAGAAGCAAAGGAUCUUAUUUAGAAUAUGCUUUAAUUUGAUCCAAACAAAAGAAUUACUUUCCAAAAAAUCACUUAACAUAAAGUUUUUGAGAAAUAAAUCUUUAGUAAUUUUUAUUUUAUAUUAUUUUAGGCUAAAUCAGUAGGAUUUAAAUUGAAAGUGCUAGAGUUAUUAUGGAAGAACAUGCUGAAUUUUAUCAAAAAGAAGGAAAUAAAAUUGAAAAAGUUAUUUAGAAAGAGAUUGAAUCAACCUAAUAGCGUUUGAUGUCUUAUGCUAGACCAUAAUAACAAGAGAUUAAAUAAUAAUCUUAAAAUAAAUAAAAUUUUUAAUUUGAGGAAAUACAAUAAAAAAACAUUGAAGAUGUUGAUGUAAAAGAAAAAAAUAGGAAAACAAAUGAAAUGAAUCAAAUAAUUAAUCAAAUUAACAAAAAAAUGAAUGAUUUCUAUUUCUUCUCAAAUACAAUUUUGGAAAUUUUUAAAAUUCAAAUGAGAGCACAUUUUGCUGCUGUACUUUUAUGCUACUAAGCUAAAAAAAUGAUUGAAUCAAUUAAAGAAUAACUAGAAUUAUAAAUUUAAAUUAAUAAAAAUGACCCUGAUUUAUAACUUGAUUUAAUUUAGUUAAAGUAACUAUCAGAAUUAUCAGAAUAAUAAUCAAUAAUUAUAGAUUUACAAUUUGAUGAUAUUGCAAAAUAAUAGAUAUUAUCUGGUGAUAAAAGAAUUCAAAAAAUGAUUUCAAAUCAACUAGAUUAAAAUACUUUUAAUGAUUCUCUCCAUAAAGAAAUUAAUGAACUAAUAUAAAAGCAAAAUAGUCAAAUUACAUACGUUUUAUUUCACAUGAUUUAGUGUUGUCAAUAUUGUUUUAAGCUAAAUUAAUAUUUUAUUGAAAUGGAAUUAGAUAUUAGUAUCUUUGACAUAAAAUUAUCUUAAUAAAUACAUCCUAAUUAUAAAGACAUUAUCAUUUAAUUUUAAUUGUUAGCAGAAAAUCAAAAGCAAUACUGA